CUAAUUAUUGAUGCUAGAGCAGAGGCCCGCUCCACAUCUUCGGGAGACAUGCAGUCAUAUAUGACAUCAGUACACAGAGGUAUGUAAAAUGGUUACAAGUUUAAAUUCAUUAUUAUUAGUAUUGUUGUUGGUGUUAUAAUUAUUGUAAUUAUUAUUAUUUAGGUUGUGGAGAUAGUGUCCAUGUUCUAAAUUUAAAUUUCUUAUGUGUCUGUUCUUAAUUGUAGGUGAUCAAAUUUUCCCAACCAAUUUCCAUCCAGCUGUCCCUUUGGAUGAUGUGGUUUGGCUAGUAGAUUCAAUGGAGAGGGAAGGUUGA